CCGCGGAGCCGCCCCUGCCAACCCACGGCGGGUGGGCGCCGAGGUGGCUCCGCCCUGCGCCUGCUCCAACACCGCCGCCCGGCCCGGGCACCGACAGGUUGGGGCGCACUGGAGCGCAUUUUGUGCGCGCUUCCGUCACCAAGUGUUCGCGACCACGGAGGCUGCUUCGCCGAGGGCUCGCCGUCUGCAGGGCCCCGCUGGGAUUCCAUCGGCGCGGCAGGGGCCUCUGCGAGAGACAGCUGCGCUCGCUGCCAGUCAUGGACGGGAAGAAGGUGGAGAUAGACGGCGGGAUCAUGGAGGGGGGUGGGCAGAUUUUGCGAGUGUCCACGGCACUGAGCUGCUUGCUGGGCCUGCCGCUACGGGUGCACCGGAUCCGCGCCGGAAGAAGCCAGCCCGGCCUCAGGCCUCAACAUCUAUCUGGAUUGGAGAUGAUUCGAGAUCUAUGUGAGGGUAAGCUGGAAGGUGGAGAAAUUGGCUCAACAGAAAUAAUCUUCACUCCUGGGAAGAUCAAAGGUGGAACCCACAUAGCAGAUACGAAAACAGCAGGGAGUGUGUGUCUACUGAUGCAGGUAGCAAUGCCCUGUGUGCUGUUUGCCGCUUCCCCAUCAGAACUUCAUUUAAAAGGUGGGACUAAUGCUGAGAUGGCUCCUCAGAUAGACUACACAGUCAUGGUUUUCAAGCCAAUUGUUGAAAAGUUUAAUUUCACAUUUAAUUGUGACAUAAAAAAGAGGGGCUACUACCCUCAGGGAGGUGGUGAAGUUGUAGUCCAGAUGUCACCAGUCAAAGAGUUGAGCCCAAUAAACUUAACAGAACGUGGCACAGUGACAAAAAUAUAUGGAAGAGCAUUUGUUGCUGGAGCAUUGCCGAUAAAGCUGGCAAAAGACAUGUCAGCAGCAGCAGUGAGAUGCAUCAGAAAAGAAAUCAGAGAUCUUUACAUUAACAUUCAGGCUGUUCGAGAACCUGAUGAUCAAGCUGUUGGGACGGGAAGUGGAAUAAUCAUUGUUGCAGAGACUUCUACAGGUUGUUUGCUAGCUGGAUCAUCACUUGGCAAGAGAGGAAAGAAUCCUGACAAAGUUGGCAUUGAAGCAGCUGAGAUACUGCUUAAAAAUCUUAAACAUGGUGGAACUGUGGAUGAUUCUCUGCAAGACCAACUGAUUAUAUUUAUGGCACUAGCAAAGGGAGUAUCCAGAGUGAAAAGUGGACCAAUUACACUUCAUACUCAAACAGCUAUACACUUUGCAGAGCAGCUAACAAAGGCCAAAUUUACUGUGACAAAGUCUGAAGAGGAAGAUCCCAGUAAAGAUACCUACAUUAUUGAGUGCCAAGGAAUGGGGAUGAUAAACUCCAACUUAUAGGGUAAAAAGAAAAAGAGAAGCAGCAAGAUCACAAAAGCAAAACUCAACAUACCUCAGUGAUGCAUUGCACUACAUUUGGAUACAUGUGUGAACAGGAAGAGCCUUCUGUCACAUCUGAAUGAUUUAAUUCCAAGCAUGAGAAUGGUGUGCUGAGAAUGGAAAAUUAUUUGAAAAAUUGAAAUCUCCUUUUUUUUUUUUUUUUUAAAUUUAUUUUUUACCAUGAGCAGCAAAAUCAGUAAGACAGGACAGCAGAUAGAAUAUGUUGUAUGUAUUUGAGAGCUUCAGUUUAGCAGAAGUUCAGACUCACCAAAGUAGAAAAUAACCAUGUCAGUUUUGAAAGCACAUUUAUGCAUUCUUUCCCCUUUGGAAAAAAUGAAGUUCUGUUGUUAGGGAACUUUUGUGUUUCAAGGUACGUGGAAAGAAGUGCACCAUUAAAUCUCUGUCCUUGUUCUUUAACCACUGUGCUUCAGUUGUGCCUGAGGAAAUAAUAAAGCACUAUCACCACAUGAAAGCCUGGUUCUUACGUUUGCUGUUACCUCAGGGAGUAGUGUCGGUAGAACAU